AUGCAAUAAUUUGAUGUGCCUUUUAUCAGGAGAUAAAAAUAAAACACUGAAAUUUGGAAGGGUCAUCAUUUUAAGGAUUACUCAUUUGAGGAAGAAAGAUCUUCAUAAAUAUAUAAAAAAUAACAUAGAAGAAAAAGUUGUUAUUGUCAAUUAUGUGGAAAAAUGAGUUUAUUUCAAUAUGCACAAAUGAAUCUCUCAACUUGUAUCAAUUUCUUUAAAAAUAUUAAUAUCAUACAAGACAAACUUCAAAAUCAAUAAGAACUUCAAAAACCAAAAAAAUAAUUUGGACAUAAUCUAUCAUUUUCUUUUAGAAGUAAAUCAAUAAUGGAUUUUUAACACUUACUUUUUGAGAAUAAUGCGAGAUCUAAAUACAGAAAAAGUUGUGAUUGCUCUGAAUGUGGAACUCAAAAUAACUUUUAAGUAAAAUGCUAAAACUAUCAGAUGAUCAAAAAAUAAUAAUAAUCUCCGACUAACUAAUUUAGAAUUAAGAAAACUAUUAAAAGGCAUUAAUUUAGAAAGUUGUACACAGAAUAAUUCUCUCCCUCAAAAAAUAGUGAACUUAGACAUCUAAAGAAGAGAAUGAUUGAGUUGGAUUUAAAUGAUAACUAGUUAUUGACUAAAUUUCAAUUAAAAAGAACUAAGAAUCCAAAAUUAAUUCAUCAUUAAUAAUCUUUAAAUAUUUUUGAAAUCUCAUCAAGAUAAAAAACUGAUAUCUUAUCUCCUCUUGGAAAUAAAAGAAAACACUUACCUUAUUUGUAGCUUAACUCUAAUCGAAGUCCUCAAUAAAGAUUAACUCAGAAAUAACCCAUUUCAAACUAUUAAAGAGAUAAUUUCAAAAAACAUAAUUAACAAUCUGGCAUUUUUUGA